ACAACACAACACAACACAACACAACACAACACAACACAACUCUACACACAACCUCUCUUCCCUGAGCUAAGUCACUCGCAAAAUGCCUCCUCCAGGCGUGUGUAUGAGCAUCAUAAAUGCACGUCACAAAGGAGAUGGUUAUGGGACCGUCGACAAUCCCGAGGUGUUCUUCAAACAAGAGUACAAAAGACUGAAAGAGUUUUGCAUCGACCGGCAAGUUCGCUACAUCGAUGAAAUGUUCCCGCCCGACAGACGAUCCAUUGGCAAUGGCAUACUGAAACCUGAUGACCUGAAACAAGUGCAAUGGCAUAGACCAGGGAAAUUGGUUCCCAAUCCAUCUUUUGUCGUCGAUGGCAUCUCAAGGUUUGACUUUGGUCAAGGCAUGGUUGGAAACUGCUGGUUUCUCGCAUCUUUGGGUGCACUGACAUUCCAGAAAGUUGUUUUUCAGCAUGUUGUGCCUCUUGAACAAAACUUUGUGAAGGACUACUGUGGACUGUUUCAUUUUCGGUUCUGGAGAUUUGGCAGAUGGGUAGAUGUUGUCAUCGAUGACAAGCUCCCAACAAUCAAUGGCAACCUGCUUUUUGUGAGGUCCAAAGACCCAACAGAAUUUUGGCCUGCUUUGUUGGAGAAAGCUUAUGCUAAAGUGUGUGGUUCCUAUUCAGACAUGAGUUCUGGAACACCCGAUGAGGCGUUGGUGGACUUCACAGGUGGUGUUCACAUUUGUAUCAAGCUGUCAGAUCCUCCGCAAGACCUUUGGGAGCUUAUAUGCAGAGCCGGACAAUCCAAAUCACUGAUGGGAUGUGGCACUCCUCAAGGGGAGACACCGGCCAACACUGUUCUGCCAAAUGGAUUGGUCCAAGGUCACGCAUACACAGUCACAGGGGUCAGAGAGAUAAUGAGCCGGGGCCAAGCAGUAUGUCUGGUGCGUUUGUUAAACCCCUGGGGCAGGGGGGAGUGGAAUGGAGACUGGAGUGAUCGGUCACCUUUGUGGGAAACUGUGAGCCCACAAGAUCGAGCUCUGUGUCUUUCUGUGGUUGACAAUGGGGAGUUUUGGAUGAGCCUGGGCGAAUUUUGUAGAUUUUAUAGUGAUCUUGACAUCUGCUGUAUGUGUCCCGACUUCCUCGAUGGAAACUCGUCCUGCCAUUGGAAGACGUCCUACUAUGAGGGGAGAUGGCUUGCUGGGAAAACAGCUGGAGGAUGCUUGAAUAAUCGUGAGCAGAACUUCUGGACUAAUCCACAGUAUCGAGUCCGUGUUGGCCAACUUCACAGUGAAUGUGCUUCCAAACGUGGGGAAAAAAACAUGCUGGUGUCGCUCAUGCAAAAGCCGGACAAAAGAAACAGAGCCCUGGUCAAGAAUCUUCAUAUUGGAUUCUCAGUCUUUGAGGUACCAGAAGAAUUGAAGGCGCAGAGAGGGAAGUUUCCAGCAGAUUUCUUCAGUCGAAACAAACCGGUGGUGCAGACUAAAAACUAUGUCAACGCUCGCGAGGUGAUGGAGCUCGUCUUGUUGGAGCCCGGGGAAUACCUGAUUGUACCGUCAACUUUCAAGCCCAACGAGACCGCUUCCUUCAUCCUGACCAUCCUCUCCAAGGCAGAGGCCCAUAUCCAUGAGACUUCUGGCGGUCAUACAUACGGACCUAACGAAGUCGAAGAGCCCGGGGAUGCUGACGAUAAGAUGAUGUUCUUCUCGCAAAUAUUUAACAAGUCUGAUGAAAUGGAUGCCGAACUGCUUCAGAAGUUCCUCAAUGAUAAAAUCUUGGAAGGUGACUUGAAAACUGGGGGCUUCAGCAUUGAUGCAUGCCGCAGCAUGGUUGUUAUGAUGAGCACAACUACCACCCGAAAACUGAAUUCUGGGGAACUUUAUAGUUUGUGGAAGAAGGUUGUUUCGUACAAGCAACUUUUCCAUCGUAUUGAUGUGUCAGCAAAUGGAACAAUUUCCCUGAAUGAGAUGAGGAAUGCUGCCGAUGCUUUAGGAAUAAGGGUCAGCAAUAACAUGUUGAAAAUCUUGACCUUACGCUAUGGGUCUCCCUCUGGAGGUGUAACAAUGGAGAACUUCAUCACUCUCGCUCUUCGCCUCGUCUGUAUGAAAAAAAUCUUUCAACGUUUUUCUGAUGGAAUGACGCUCACACUUCCUGAAUCUGAGUGGAUGCAAAUUUCAAUGUGCACCUGAAGUUCAAGAUGAAUGACUUGAAAACCAAGGCGCCUGGUGAUUGUUAGCAAAACAAACAAACAAACAAAAAAGAAGGGAAGAAUUUGUUCACAUAAAAAGGUAUAAAAACGAUUGUUUCAUGCUUGCUUUCUGUAUUUGAUGGUGUCGGGUUAAAACCUCCAGUUAUUGUUACAUCUGUACUCAAACGUGUGUAUGACCAUUUUCUCUGUAAUUGUAACUUCUAUUGUAACUGCCUUACUAAAUCCACUACUCGUAAAAUGUAAAACUGUUCUAUCAAUCAUGAGAAUUCCGCAGCAAAUACAAAUCAACAAAAAUGUUUGCCGUUGAGUUCAUGAUCACGGGCCGAAGUCACCAUCAUCCUUUUCGAAGUGCCAAACUGGGAGGCCCUUUGUAUGAAUCAGUACCCACAAAGCAAGUCUGUUGUCAAAAAGGCUUGAUGACACCUGAUAUGUUCUCCUGACUUUGGUGCAGGCAGUGUGAGUCCAUUUCCCACGGACUGCAAAUGUGAUUCCGAAUGAUUGUAUUGAUGUGCCUCGUGAUUGACUAGCAACCAGUUUAAGAUCCAGUUUUCCCACAAAGUCAUUUGGGAUAAGCUCCCGGUCCCAGCAACUGUGAACAGGAUGAUCACAACAGAAAAGGAAUAUCAUAUUGACUGUUGGCUAUUAGACAGUAGCUUAGCUUGCAGAAUGCUUCGUCUUUGUAAUGAUCAAUAAAGAGAAAAACUGAAAGAAAAAA